AUGGAUUCAGAAAUUGUUUGUAAGGGAGUUGAAGAAAUUAUGCCGAAUAUAUCAGAUAUGCAUUUAUUUAUCAAUGUAUUUUAUUGGGAAGAUGGACUUGUUUCUAACAAUCGUAGUUCGGAAACUACAGAACAAGUGAAAAUGCGACUGUCUGAUAUCCCAAAUCUUUUGGUCUACAACGACAUUACAUAUGAGCUAAGAGGAGUUAUUAGUUUUCAACCGGCACAAUCAAAGUUAAGGACAUCAUCAGGACAUUAUAAUGCAUACGCUAUUCGGGGAACUAAGAAUUGGCAAUUGUUUGAUGACCUUAAGAAAAAACCCACUCCUAUAAAAGAAAAUAAAAAAAUAUCAAUUGAACUACUAGUAUACACUAUUUAA